AUGAGUCCGUCCGAUCACGAAGAAGCCAGUGUCCUGUACAGCUCCGAACGGGGUCCCAAAAUCGUACCGAACGUCAACGCCAACGUGCGCAAGGAUACGCGAUGGACAUUUUGGCUCAUCACGGCAGGUGUUUCGACUACCUUUGGCGCAGCAGUACCGACCGGCUACAAUAUAGGCGUUAUAAAUGCUCCGGCAAAUGUUAUCAAAAGCUGGUGCAAUGAAACCAUUUUUGAAACGUAUGGCACCGUGUUUACGGAAAGAAAUUUGGAAACAUUCUGGUCCGCUGUUGUGUCCAUUUUCUUAAUCGGAGGCGUAAUAGGGUCGUUAGGUGGUGCGUGGGUUGCCGAUCGACUUGGAAGAAAGCGUUCAUUUCUUCUAUGUGGCUUCCUGCUUGUCGUAGGCGGACUCUGCUUCCAGUUCUGCAAAGCGAUCGGAUCGGUUGAACUGCUGAUGAUCGGUCGAAUAGUAGUGGGUCUUGCGGCCGGUCUUACGACGACUACAGUCCCAAUGUAUUUGACGGAGCUGGCUCCACUAGGACUGCGCGGUGCCCUGGGCGUAUUUUGCUCAAUGGGUGUCACCGGUGGAGUCGUAGUCGGUCAGGUUAUGAGCCUCGAGGAGGUGUUCGGCACCGAGGAUCACUGGCAGUUUGCGCUCAGCUUCUACGUCAUACUGGUCGUAGCGUUUUUCGUACCCUAUCACUGGCUGCCAGAAAGCCCAAAAUAUCUUUUCGUCAUUCGACGGCGCCAGGAUGAAGCGGUGAACGAGUUGAAGCGCGUAGCUGGCCGCAAAGUCCGUGACGAGUACGUCCGGGAACAGAUCGACGCCAUGCGAAGAGAAUGUACCCCGGAGAACGACGAAGAAACCGGCAGGGAGAGCGAUAGUACGAUCGACAAACCAAAGGAACGAUCUAUUUUGUCCGUGCUCAGGGAUCCAACGUUAAUGCUUCCGCUAAUAUUAGUGUGUGCCUUACAAGGAGGCCAGCAGCUGUCCGGCAUCAAUGCGGUGUUCUUCUACUCCGUAUCCAUAUUCGAAUCCGUAGGUUUAAGCUCGACAGAUGCCAAGUUUGCGAACCUCGGCGCCGGAUGCCUUAACUUAUUCGUGGCGUUCUUCAGUCCAAUCUUGAUGGCAAAAUUCAAUCGCCGCUUCCUCGCACUUUUAUCCUGUGGCAUGUGUGCAAUAUUUCUUUUCUGUCUCACGUUCAUCGUGUACUUCAUUGACGACGUCGAGUGGUUCUCUUACGCGAGCAUCGUUGCCAUUCUGAUGUACAUUCUGUUUUACCAGAUCGGCCUUGGACCGAUUCCUUACUUUAUUGGCUCCGAACUGUUCGAAGUCGGUCCACGGCCAGCAGCGAUGGCCAUGGGUAGCAUAGCCUCCUGGGGAUGCAACUUCCUCGUGGCUAUGCUGUUUACCACCCUUCAAGGCGCGUGGGGUGCGUUCGUGUUCCUUCCCUUCACCAUCACGUGUGUCGCCCUUACACUCCUACUGAAGGUGUACCUGCCUGAGACCCGCGGCAAACAUAUCUCGCAGAUUGUACCGCUCGUCGCUAAAGGAUUCAGCUCCAAGCCGCUAGUGCCUUAAGUCGCCAGACCAGCUGCAGCAAUAAUGACAAGCAAAUACGACAGCUACACUUGAAAAGUGUUGUGAUUCUUAUAACAUUGCUCAAACGUGCGGAGUAUGAUGCAGGAAGAACAAAGUGGCUUAAACCGUACUCCUAAGUUUUGCGUUGUUUAUUAGUACUUAGUUUAA